AUUACAUGUUUCGCUAUCAAACGCUUAAAAAGUUGCAUGCAAUGCUACAACAACAAAAGCUUCAAAGUGCAAAGCAAAAAGUGCAUUCGACUGUGGAGAAAUAUGCAAAAUAUAAAUAAAAGCCGCAUAAAUAAAUGGAUUCCCGUGUAAAUAGUCAAUUUUCGUAGCUAAGCAAAUAUAGAUGUGCUGAAUUUAAUGCACAUGCAAGGCAAACAUUCCCACACACAUACCCGAGUGUGCUCGAAAGCGAGGCCUGUAUAAAAGUGACGACCGCAGAAUAAAAAAUUCAAUUGCGCUUGUGGUUGUGAACGGUGAAAGAAACACUUAGCAAGUCGAAACAAUUCCGAAUUUAUAUAACCGUUUGUUGUUUUAGACGUGUUUAGAAAAAAAAGAAAAAAUCAAAUUUAUGAAACUUUCGUCCUUUCAUUUCAACCGACAUACUCGUAUCGCAAGAAUAUAACGAAACGUGAAAUCUAACAACAACAAAUUCAAACCGUGCUUAACAAAUAGCCAGAGCGUACAGAAGUUUGAAUAGAGAAACGCUACCAAAGCUUGCAGAGAACCUGUACGGAAACGGAACUAAAAUGGCUUUGAUUGGCAUUUGGCGUUGCCAAGCGUUCCACGCAUUUUUAAUUGUCGCCCUGUCGUCAUCGCUAACUCUGAUGCACGUACAGGCACAGGAACCGCGACGUGACGACAAAUGGCCGCCACCAGCCGUCCUGAAAAUGGCCAAAAUAUUCCACGAUAUAUGCGUUGAGAAAACUGGGGUCACAGAGGAGGCAAUUAAGGAAUUCAGUGAUGGCCAAAUACACGAAGACGAGGCGCUCAAGUGCUACAUGAAUUGCUUGUUCCAUGAAAUCGAUGUGGUGGAUGAUAACGGCGAUGUUCAUCUGGAAACCCUCUUUAACACCGUACCGGGUACCGUACGGAACCAACUGAUAAAUAUGGCAAAGGACUGUGAGCAUCCAGAAGGUGACACGCUGUGCCACAAAGCAUGGUGGUUCCAUCAAUGUUGGAAGAAGGCCGAUCCAGUUCAUUAUUUCUUACCAUAGAGCUUCAAAUGCCUUUAUGAGCGUAUUGACGAAAAGAUUUGCCGAAAAAUGAUUGCAAGGAAUUAAAUAACAUUUUGUAGUUAUUAUGAUUUUUUAGCGGAAUUUUAGAUUUAUUAAAGCAUUGCAGAAAAUACCAAAGUCACAUACAA